UUCUGGGAAAAGAGUUAUAUCCGCCAUCUUGGCUUGAUCUAACUAGCACAACUGUUAGGUCGUAAGGCUUUGAGUAAAUUAAAGAUAUUGUGAGGGGAGUUUCAGAUUACGGUGACUAUCAAACAUUGCCUGUUGUGCAAGGAAUUAUCAUAACUGUUCAUAGACGUUUUGUUUUGCAUUGUUUCGGGGUUAGCGGUGUGUUAAGCAUAUCCACCGGCGGCCAUGGGGCGAUCCAGAAGCCGCAGUUCGUCCCGUUCCAAACACUCGAAAAGCAGCAAACACAGCAAAAGACGCAGUCGCUCCAGGUCGAGGUCCCGAGACACCGAGCGCAGCAAGAAACGUUCCAGAUCCCGGGAGUCUAAGAGGAACCGGAGACGUGAAUCUCGCUCCAGGUCUCGAUCAACAACAGCCUCAACCCGUAGGGAGAGACCAGCUUCGCCUCCAGAGAGGAUAGACAUCUUCGGACGAACGCUUAGCAAACGAAGCGCAAUCGACGAGAAGCAACGCAAAGAGGAAGAGGAGAAGAAAGCCGAGAUGGAGAGACAGAGGAAGAUCCGUCAGCAGGAGAUCGAGGAGCGCGUGAUCGAGGAGCGGACGGCGCGGCGCGUGGAGGAGCUGGUGGCGAGGAGGGUGGAGGAGGAGCUGGAGAAGCGGCGCGAGGAGAUCGAGCAGGAGGUGCUGCGGCGUGUGGAGGAGGCCAAGGCUCUGAUGGAGCAGCAGCUGCUGCAGGAGCUACAGAGACAGAGGCAGGCCGAGCUGUCUGCCCAGCGCGCAAGAGAGGAGGAAGAGAAGGCCAAGCGAGCAGAACUGGAGAAAAUUCUAGAAGAGAACAAUCGCAAGAUGGCUGAAGCUCAAGCCAAACUGGCGGAGGAGCAGCUCCGUAUCGUGGAGGAGCAGAGUAAGAUCCACGUGGAGCGAGUGAAGCUGGAGCAGGAGAGGCAGCGGCAGCAGAAGGAGGAGCAGAAGAUGAUCCUGGGCAAGGGCAAGAGCCGCCCCAAACUCUCCUUCUCCCUCAAGGCCACCGAAUGACCUCCCUCCUCCUCCCCCCUCGCACCACCUCCCUCCUCCCGGGAUCCUGGGCAAGAGCCGCCCCCAAACUCUCCUUCUCCCUCAAGGCCACCGAAUGCCACCUCCCC